UAAAAGUCUAAACAAGAAAUCAAUCCAUGGCAACACCAACAGCUGAGAUAAUUUCAUUUCACGCAAAUUUAAAAAUUUUCUUACCAUUUUCCCUUUCCUUUUCCGCUUUUAUUAAUUGAAAAAUCCAAAAACCGUUGCGUAACGGUGCCUGUCAUUCCAUUAUAAAACCAUUGCAUUUAUUUGGCAGAGUUGCCCUUUAGCUUUAUUUGCUUUUGCAGACUCCACGCAACAACAUUCGGUUGGGGUGCAGCCCACACCUUUAGCUCGUCUCUCGCCUUCAUCUCCUGCAAAAUAAAUUAGGCUUUAAAAUGGAAGGUAUCGUUGUUAGGAGAGUUAUCGCUUCUGAUAACAGUUGCCUCUUCAAUGCAGUAGGUUAUGUCAUGGAUCAUGACAGAAACAAGGCUUCCGAGCUGAGACAGGUUAUAGCAGCGACAGUUGCCAGUGAUCCAGAGAAGUAUUCCGAAGCAUUCCUUGGAAAGACUAAUGAAGAGUACUGUGCAUGGAUUCUAAACCCAGAAAAGUGGGGAGGUGCUAUUGAGCUUGCAAUAUUGGCUGAUUAUUAUGGACGAGAGAUUGCUGCUUAUGAUAUACAAACCACAAGAUGUGAUUUGUAUGGGCAGGAAAAGAAAUUUGCAGAAAGAGCAAUGCUUAUAUACGAUGGCCUCCAUUACGAUGCUCUGGCCAUGUCGCCCUCUGAAGGAGCUCCUGAGGAAUUUGAUCAGACAAUAUUCACAGUGCAGAUGGACCGAACCGUGGGGCCAGUCGAGAGACUCGCCCUUAAUCUUGUAAGAGACCAGCAGAGGAAGAGGAGCUAUACAGAUACUGCAAACUUCACUCUGCGAUGUGGUGUGUGUCAAAUUGGAGUUGUGGGGCAGAAGGAGGCCGUAGAGCACGCGCAGGCGACGGGGCACGUCAACUUCCAGGAAUUCAAAUGAGGCCACACUUAGCAGCAGAUCAAAUCUCUGCAUUUGCUUUGCUUGUUUAGUGCUGUUGUUGUACAACUCCAAAAUAUGCAGUUGUUGUAUCAUUUUCGAAUUCAUUUGGUAUAGAAUAAGAAUAAACAAAUAAGUCCCAUGAUGUUAAAUUUGAAUAUUAAAGAAAUUUGUUG